AGACAAAGGUAACAUAGAACUUCUUUUUAAGCUCAGGUACUGAACGUGAUAAUUGUAGGUCAGUACAAGGCAAAAAAGGAUCGGAUUAUGCGCGACUACGAUUUGUUCAAGGAAAUGAAGGCGUUGAGCGGUGUGGGAGUUUGCCCAACGGCAGGGAAGCCCACUUUUUCUGAUGAAGUGUGGAAGAAUCUAAUAGCUACAAAGCCUGUACAGCAACAACGUUCAAACAGCUCGUUAAACGCGGCAACAUCCAUUCGAAAGUGGUCGCGAAACAAACGUCGAUUGGUUGAUGCGUGUAUUGCCUCGAAAAAGCGUAGUCCGUCAGAUGCAGAUAGCCCCAGAAGCCUGAAAGUCUUCUCAUGCUCUAUCCUGCGCUUAGAGCGCGAACGGAUAGCAGAGAGAUACACAUGACGAUAAUCAGCACCCGUAGCAACUCGUCCAUCGUUUUCGGCACACUGGGUGCAUCUUGUGCUUCAGCAGGGCGUCAACACCGGCGCUACGACGUUGCCGCAGCAAUGCUCCUCAAGAAGUAAG